AUGCUUAAUAUUGACCCAAGAUUCAGGUUAGUACACAUUCAUCCCGAAUACCAUCCAUCACGGACCUACAAUGACAUUGCAAUUGUGGAAUUACAACAAGCCGUGUCCUAUACUGAAUUUGUAUAUCCCAUAUGUCUACAUGCAAAUAUUACGGAUCCCAUAGGCUUGGCCUAUGUUACCGGAUGGGGACUUACAAAUAGUUUAACCAAAACCAGAUCCUCCGUUCUGUUAAGUACCAAAUUGGAUAUUGUACCGUUGCAGAAGUGUCGAGAGGCAUUCGUUGGUUAUGAUUUGCGUGGCAUACGAGAGGGUAUACAAGAAACGCAAAUUUGUGCUCACGACAGUCAAUUGAUGAAGGAUUCGUGUAAGGGAGAUUCAGGUGGACCACUAUUUUUGGCAUUGGAUUUAACAAUCAAAUAUUACAGUUUGAUUGGCAUUGUAUCGGCUGGUGAAGAUUGUGGCAGCAGUACUCCCGGAAUUUACACCAGGGUGGCUUCAUAUAUGGAUUAUAUCGAAAGUAUUGUGUGGCCAAAUGGUUUCAAGUAA